AUGAAGGACAGUGCUGGGCACACGCGCCUUCAGGCCAAGUGGCUCGACUUGAGCAAGGAGCAACGUAGAGACUCCGAGUCUUCGUCCGCUGGCAGUAGCUCGUCUGGCGAUGCCCCGGACAACGCUGCCGUCGUCCUCGGCCCUGCGGAUGAUCGCAAAGACUCGGACAUCUCUCAGGUGUCGGGAGACCGGAGACCUUCAGACGCCUCCUCUGGAUCGGAUGGCUCGCUCUUCAUCUACUCCCGCCGCCCGUCUGGCCUCGAUGCAUUCCGGGUAGACGAUGCGCAACCCCCGCAUGUGGAGACGAUCGACGAGGGAGUUGACCUCCCCUACGCCGCCGACGAGGAAUCCAUUGCACCCCGUCCCGUCGUCUCCAGGGACUUCGCUCGCCUCCAGAUUCCCCGGCCCACUCUUGCACGUCAGGGGAGCAGUGAUCGUUGGGCCGACAGACUGAGGCGCUCUUCCGGUACCUUGGCGCGGUCACCUUCCUCCCAGUCAUUGUCUGCGUUGCCCUCGCCGCGCUCUUCCAUGGGCUCGUUCAUCCCAGCUCGUAGCUCGCUGGCUUCGCCCUCCACCCCCAACCUCGUAUCUAGGCCGAGCGAGGAGACUCCAUUCGUCAAUUCUUGGACGGCCCGCCCAUCGAGUAGGCUGGGUAGGAGCAUGCAGGAUGACAUCGAUUUCGCUCGCAUUCGCUCGCCUGCGUUGUCGCCUCGCAUCCCGCUCACUGAGCGCCGCGACUUCCGCCCCACUCCUCCUGAGGCGCCCAUUCGCCCGACGCUCAGUCACUCCAGCAGCUCAUCUUCGUCGCGUUCAAGCUCUAGCUCCGAAAGCGACGAUGAUGAUGACCUUGGCCUCGGCCCUGCGCCAGAGGUACCCCCUGCGCUUGAGUAUGUCGACCCGGAGAUUGAGUGCAUUGCGCCCAACGCCUCGACGGGUACACUCCCGCUAGCGGAAGCACAGGCGCUGGAGUCGGCCGUCACGCAUCCGUGGGUCGAGCCUCCAUUCAACAUCGUGCAGCGCCAGCAGCCGAAAAUCCGCCGGUUCCAGGCGACGUUCAAGGUCGUUGCCAGCCUGGGCGUUGUUUCCAGUCUGCUCAUCGGUUACGGCCUUGGCGUGAAGCUCGUCACUGUUGGGCCGUGGAGCUUUGGCAUGUACGGCCUCAUCCUCAUUCUCGAUUUUAUUACGCAGACCAUCGCCGCAUCUUACAACCGUCGGCGGGUCAACAAGCUGACCGCGAAGUCACCUCUUGUGAAGGGUGUCGCGGAGCGCUUGGCGGCGAAGGACCAGUUGCCCACCCAUGAACCCGCUCCUCUUCCCGAGUGUAGCAUCGCAGUCGUCGGAUAUCGUGAAGAUGAGGAGGCUUGGAUCGCGUGCUUGAAGUCGCUUCACGCGCAAGAGUACCCGAUCAAGCACAUCAUCGGCGUCGUCGAUGGAAACGACGGCCCUGACAUGGACAUGGCGAACGCGUUUGGCAAGGCCUUCCCUGAGGAGGAGCGCCUCAUCGUCCACUUGCCCGUGUUGCUCUCCGUCAUGUACAAAGAGAAGUACUGGGAGCACAUCAACAGCCUCGGUCACAAGCCUCUCACUCGUUGGGAGUUCUUCAAGAUGUGGCUCACCCAGGAUCACCGCCCUGGUCAGGACGAGGCACACGAGGUCGCCUGGAACUACAUGUUGAACUACGUCCACAAGAAGGCAGAGGAGGAAAACUGGAAGAAGUGGAAGGCCAUCUGCUUCUCAGAGCCCCACGGUCACAAGCGUCACGCCAUGUUCACCGCUUUCGUCGUCGGCGCAUACGCUCUCGGAACCAAGGACGCGAUGCUCACUACCGACAGUGACACGUAUGUUCACCCCGAUGCCGUGAAGAACAUGAUGGCCCUCCUGUUCAGCGAUGAGAGGCUUGCCGGCGUCACCGGCGACGUGCGGAUCUGGAACAAGGGGGAUUCGUUCCUCGCGCUCAUGUCUUCCAUCCGUUACUGGUUUGCGUUCAAUGUCGAGCGCGCAUGCCAGAGCGCAUUCGGUUGUGUCGGCUGUUUGUCUGGUCCUCUUGGUCUCUAUAAGACGUCGGAUUUGAUUUCCGUGCUUGGUCCCUGGAUUCUCCAGUCGUUCCUCGGGAAGGAGACCACCUUCGGCGAUGACCGCCAUCUGUCCAACCGUAUUUUGUCGCUCGGACACAAGACGGGCUAUACCCAUCUCGCAAUGUGCGAGUCCGAUACGCCCGCUGGUUAUGUCCGCUGGGUCAAGCAGCAGACGCGUUGGUCGAAGUCAUUCUUCCGAGAGGCAUUCUGGUUCCCGAAGAGCUUCGCAUUCCACAAAUUCUGGCUGACCGUCGAGACGAGCAAGCAGUUCUUGUACCCGUUCGUCUUGACGGCAACAGUUAUGCGUAUGCUCUACAACCCCACGAGCUGGAUUCGCCCCCUCAUCUGGCUCGCGACGAUGUUUGGUGUGGCUGUCAUCAAGUCGAUCUAUGGCGUCAUCUGCUUGCGCGAUCCACGUCAAUUCCUGUUCGGUAUAUACGGCUUCAUGUACUUCUUCGGAUUGCUGCCGUCGAAGCUGUUUGCUUGCUUCACGGUGCACAUCACCAACUGGGGUACCUCCGCUCGCUCUAAAUCUGAGUUCGCGCGUCCCGAGUCCUUCAUUUCCCGUUCGACGCACGUUGGCCACCUCGUCGUUUGGUACUUGAUGCUCUCCCUUGGUCUCGCCUACCUGCUCGUCACCGUCUUCCACCAGCCGUACUUCUGGUUUGUAGGCUCGAUAGGCGUUGCCCUUUCUGGGCAAGCCUACUCCGACGUCAUCACCGGCGAGACCAAGUACGCGUAUUACGUCCUUCGUAAGAAGUAUCACGCUUGGCGAGCGAGCAAGACCACGGCCACGGACGAGGAGCGGAUCGCGGGCAAGCCGAUGCGUGGCGCAUUCAGAAAGAUGCGCCGCGGUAAGCGGUCAAGCAAGAAGUCCAAGGCUGCGCUUGAGGCGCCCGCAGUCGCCGCUGACGAGGAACCCGUCGCCGUCGUCUUCGAAACGUCCACGCCAUCCGUCGAGUCGGACAACGCACAUAUCAACCUUCACGCGGAGUUGCCCGUCGUCGACACACGCUAUGCAGAGGUUGACCCCCUUUCCCCUGUACCUGCCUCCGCUGCCUCGCCAUCCAUCGUCAUCGAGCCAGCCGAAGAGCAGGAUCCGGCCGACAUGCCACCACCUCCGUUUGGCGACUACAGAAAGGCAUCGGAUGCCACGACAGCCACCGCUGUAUCUUACGACCCCGUGCGUACGCCAUCCGAUUCUACCGACAACCUUGGUAGUUUGGGGUAUCACCCUGCGUCCCUUGUGGUGCCCUCCAAGCGCCGAAACGGACAGGUCAGCAAGGUCUUCAACAUCGCGUCGGAACUAUCGAAGAAGUUGGGUUCUCUUGGUUCCAUCGAGGAGACAUCACUGUCGAUGACGAAGGGAGGUGACAUAGAGAAGCAGGGCAACGAACUCGAUACGAUCGAAGCGUUGCCGAUGACGCCGGGUGCGAUGACUGUUUUCUAA